CUAUAAAAAAUUAAGAAUCCCUAAUUCCCAAAUUGCUUCAUCCAGGUUCCAGUGCUUUCAGCAAAUCCAACGGAACGAGGGUUUCAUCAAAUUUGUUUGCAGUUUUUUCAUCUAAUUUAUUGUAUAACUUAUUUGUAUCAUAAAAGGCUGUUCCUUGAGCAGGUACACACUCUUCUUACUACAAUUCUGGCAGAGAGUUUUGCUUAUAUAUAGUUUGGCUAAUUUAACUUAAAUGGGGAACAGAAAACAAAAGAGAACUCGAUUUGUCGAGGAUCGGAUAAGCGGAAUGCCGGAUGAUGUUCUGGUUUCCAUUCUGUCUCUCAUAACAAUGAAAGAGGCGGGGAGAACUAGUGUCCUUUCUCGCCGAUGGCAAAAGCUUUGGACUUUUGUUCCUAAUUUGAAUUUCGACGGGCAAGAGAGGUUAUACUAUUUGGGAGAUCAUAGAGGCGAACGGGGAUUCCGGAGACUACAUCGUAUUGCAAGGACCAAUUAUGUGAAAUGGGUGAAUCGUGUUCUGGAAUUGCAUCGUACUCCGGCUAUUGACCAAUUUAGAGUUUUUUUUGAUUUGACUGAGGAUUAUAGACGUGAUAUUGAUAAUUGGAUCAACUUUGCAAUGGAAAAGAGAGUUCAAAGGCUUGAGUUGAGCUUUGAUUAUUGUUCCCUUAUAAAUCCUUACCCUUUUCCAUCAUUGUACCAGACUCGCGGUAUUCCCAGCCCAAAUUCCCUUAGGGCCCUCAUUUUGAAAUUUCUGAAUGUAAGUGGAGAAGUUUUGGAGUACUUCAUAUGCAACUGCCCCUUUCUUGAUCGACUGUGGGUGGAAGGUUCGGAAACUCUUGUCAAUCUGAAAGUUGCUGGUCCAUUGCUCCGCUUGAAGCACUUAGAAAUAUCCCAUUGCUUAAAGUUAGAAAACCUAGAGAUUUCUGCAAAAAAUCUAGUAUCAUUCGUUUACUUUGGGCCAAGAAUAACCAUGCCUUUCAAGUAUGUACCCAACCUUGUUGAAAUGUCUUUGGAGGGCAAUUAUUUUGAAUAUUCAAUCUAUAACUUCUGCGAGUUUUCAAGUUAUCUUCCGCGGCUAGAGACGCUUGUAUUGGAUCUUUCGAAGGUCGAGAAAAAAAUGAAGCUCCUUGAAUUUCAUACAUUAAGUAAUCUAAAGCAAUUAGAGUUGAUAGCCACUGAAAAAAGUGGUAAUGCAAGCCUUCUUUGGCUGACUUCCCUGUUAAAAGCAGCUCCUGUCUUGUGCAGAUUAACACUAAAGUUACAUAUGUAUGGAUCCCCUGGUCGAAGAAAAGUACAGAAAUCUCCAAAAUGUCUCCAUCAUUGCCUCAAACAGGUGGAAAUGGUUGGAUUUGUGGGGCGAACAAUUGAUGUCGAGUAUGUCAAGUAUUUAGUUAAGAAUGCUGUUGAGCUUGAGAAGGUAAUAAUUGAUCCUCGAUGUCCUCUUAUGGUUGGAUCGCCAUUGGUGUAUGAGGAGAUAGAGGGAAUGCAAGCUGCUCGAGAGUGUGCGAAGAUGCUUGGAAGAGAAUUAUCUUUAGUUGACAAAUUAAUAGUCCUGUAACUUUUCCAUUAAUGAUCAGUAAUAAUUUAGUUAGUGGAUAAAAUUUCAUUGACAAUAGAUACUUUUUUUUUUUUUUUUUUUUUUUAUGCUUUUGCUUUGGUUUGAUAUUUGAAACGUCAUGUGUAAGUGCACGUUUUUGUUUGCACUAGAAUAAUUUUGGAAGUUAAAAAGUGAAACAAUAUUGAUGUAGCAAGAAAUAUAUAUUGGGAACA